UUGUCCUGUUUCCAGCUUGACGCAGCCGCAGAUGGCAGUACUUAUUUGCGCGAGGGUCCUGGGGUUAAAGUCGAGUCCCGCUGCCUCCACUCACAUGGUCCGAGAGCGCCGCUCAUCCACGCCGCAGUCAUCAUCCCUGAACCCGUUGUGAGUCUCUCUUCGGAGUGACGAUGGCAGAGAGCCCGCAAUGUUUCUACUGUCGGGAGGACCUCGGGGGCAAGAAGUUCGUCCGCAACGAAGGCCGGCCUGUGUGCGUCCGCUGCCACACCAAGUUCUGCGCCAACUCCUGCGCCGAGUGCCAUCGACCCAUCCCUGUGGAAUCAAAGGAGCUCAGUCAUAAGGGCCGCUACUGGCACGAGGAGUGUUUCCGUUGUGCAAAGUGUUACAAGCCUCUGGCCAAGGAGCCCUUCAGCACCAAAGACGACCGCAUCAUGUGUGGGAAGUGCUGCUCCAGAGAGGAUGCUCCGCGCUGCCACGGCUGCUAUAAAGCCAUACCGAUUGGUACAGAGAGCGUGGAGUACAAAGGGAACUCGUGGCACGACGAAUGCUUCACCUGUUUCCAAUGUAAGCGACCAAUAGGAUCAUCGAGUUUCCUCUCCAAAGGAAGUGACGUUUACUGCAGCCCCUGCCAUGACAAGAAGUUCGCCAAACAUUGCGUCUGCUGCAAAAAGGCUAUAACCUCUGGGGGAGUGAACUACCAGGAGCAGCCGUGGCACAGCCACUGUUUCGUGUGCAGCUCCUGCUCCAAACCUCUGGCAGGGACUAGUUUCACCAACCACCAGGACCAGGUCUUCUGUGUCGACUGCUACAAGAGCUCCGUGGCAAAGAAAUGCAGCGGCUGCCAAAACCCCAUCACAGGUUUUGGUAAAGGAGUGAACGUGGUGAAAUAUGAGGGCAGCUCCUGGCAUGAAUACUGCUUCAACUGUAAGAAAUGCUCCCUCAGUCUGUCCAACAAGCGUUUCGUAGCCGACGGAAAAGACAUCCUCUGCUCCGACUGUGGCAACAAGUAGAGCUGGAGAGGUUCGUCAUUGUCAAAGAGUGGUUUAUAAAGUCAUUAUGUUUUUUGUUUCUUUAUUUUUCCAUAAAGGGCAGAGUCUUCAUUUCAAUAUUCUGUUAAUUACCAGCAAAGGGACAUAGCAUAGUGUCCAAAAUGUUAUUUGUGUCCUCAAAAGAUACUUAGUAUGUAGCUAAGUGUGGUUUCCUGUUGGAGGCUUGUGUCACAUAAAAUAUGAUACUUAAAACACAAAAAAUGUGUUUUGAAGUACUGAGAAAAACUUUACCUGUUUAAAAAGGGAAGUGAACAUGACCAGCCAAAAUACAUGAGCAGCAGAUGACUGCAUUACAUACCUGAAAUACUACGAGUAGAUCUAAUAAUGUUGCAUGUGAAUCAACAAGUUAAUUUAAACAUUUUUAUUUCGUAAAGGUCCCAAUUUCCUACCCACAACAGAUUUUUUUCAAUGAACUGAACGUUGUGAAAGUCGACUCUUCCAUUUAACACAGUGUAUGCUAACGUGUAAGAAUAUUGUGUGUUUUUAAAAGCUUUAUUGUAUUUCUUCAUCUUUUAGAAAAAAAAAACUGCUUAAGUCAAUGGCUUUAAUGUCUAUUUUUUCUAUUUUUGUAAGGUGAAACUUUCCUAUGACAAAAAACGAUAAGUGGUAUUUGUUUUGUUUAAUAAUCAUGAUAUUAUAUUUGUAAUUGCUCAGUCAUUUCCAAGGGAUUGCUAUGCUUAUGUAGGUUUUGAGUAAAUCAACUUUUUGCACUUUUUUAAACCAUUCUUCCUUCAAGAAUUUUUUUUAAAUAUGAGAUUGAAAUAUACUCAAUAAAGACCUUGAUAUGUUGCCAAAAUUAAAUAAACAUUAUA